UGGUUCUUUUGAUGUUUACAUAUAGAUGAUGGCAAGGAAGAGCCACCCACUACGUUACUCUGGGUGCAGUAUUUCCUGGCUCAGCACUUUGAUCAGAUCGGCCAGCACACCAUGGCUCUCGACUACAUCAAUGCUGCCAUUGAGAGCACACCUACUCUGAUAGAGCUCUUCCUCAUUAAAGCCAAGAUAUACAAGCAUGCUGGGAACAUCCGGGAAGCAGCUCGUUGGAUGGACGAAGCUCAGGCCCUGGACACAGCAGACCGUUUUAUUAACUCUAAAUGCGCCAAGUACCUGCUUAAAGCAGGUCUGGUCAAGGAGGCUGAGGAAAUGUGCGCCAAGUUCACAAGGGAGGGAGCGUCUGCGGUAGAGAAUCUGAAUGAGAUGCAGUGCAUGUGGUUCCAGACUGAAUGUGCUCUGGCCUAUAAAUCCAUGAAGAAAUAUGGAGAAGCACUGAAAAAAUGCCAUGAGAUUGAAAGGCACUUUGUAGAGAUAACAGAUGACCAGUUUGACUUCCAUACGUACUGUAUGCGGAAGAUGACGCUGCGUUCCUAUGUGGACCUGCUUAAACUGGAGGACGUGUUACGUAUGCACCCAUUCUACUUCAAAGCCGCACAAACCGCAAUCCAAAUCUACCUCAACCUGCAUGACAACCCGCUAACGGAUGACAGCAAGGAACUACAGGCUGAUACCGGGAACCUGACUGACAAAGAACUGAAGAAGUUAAGGAACAAGCAACGGAGAGCACAGAAGAAAGCACAGCUGGAGGAAGAAAAAAAGAAUGCGGAGAAAGAGAAACAGUUAAAGAACCAGAAAAAGAAAAAAGAGGAUGAUGACGAAGAGAUCGGCGGACCUAAAGAGGAACUUAUACCAGAGAAACUGGCCAGGGUGGAGAACCCAUUAGAUGAAGCUGUAAAGUUUCUGACACCCUUGAAAAACCUGGUGAAGAAUAAGAUAGACACACACCUUCUGGCCUUUGAGAUCUACUUUAGGAAAGAAAAGUACCUGUUAAUGCUGCAGUCAGUGAAAAGGGCUUAUGCAAUAGACCCGGACCACCCUUGGCUUCACCAGUGUCUAGUGCGCUUCUUUAAAGGAGUGUCCGAAAGUAAAGACCUAGCAGAAUCGGUCAGCAUGGUUCUCAAGCAGGAAAUCUCCAGGCUGUUUGGGGAAAGUAAUGCAAAGAACUUCAACCAGGCCUUCCUCACCAAGUACUUCAAUUCCAUCCCUCAUCGAGUAGCAGCUGCCAAAAUGAUGUUCUACUUAGACCCUUCAACACAGAAGAAAGCGGUGGAACUGGCUAUAGCACUUGAUGAAUCACUGAACAACAGAAAUAUUCAGAUCUGUACAGAGGUUUUGGAAAGCCUGCGUGAUGGCAGCCUCGGAGAGGCUAAGGAAACCGCAGAGUUCUACCGAGCGGAGUGUCUUAAGAUCUACCCCUAUACGCUGGCCUUCAUGCCUCCAGGCUAUGAGGAAAACAUGAAGAUUGCGGUCAAUGGAGACGUCUCCACAGAAACUGAGGAGCUGGCCAAUGAUAUGUGAAGAUCUGAAGAGGGAGGAGGUGGAAUGGGAAGCGGUGUGGCACCGCCACUGUCAAACACCCGAGAUGGUUGCAGUUGACUAAUGCGAUUCUGUGAGGAACUUCCUGCGAUCUUCUACGCCCCCAGAAAUUGCAGUUAGGACUGACAGACAAUGACUGUGUUUUGGAGUGGAGGAAGAAGAAGAGGUGGAGUGUUGGGGGGGGGGAUAAAUUGCCCAUUUUACUUUUUUAACCUUGCUGAUGACUACUCUCUAACUGAAAACUAGUCAAACAUGCAUCCCCUUUUGAAUACAGUAUGUUUGAAUGCAAACUUUGUGCAAUGGUGAAAGCAAAUCCCAUAGUCAACAAACCAAGCUAGAGAAGCGCACUCAAACCCAUCUUUCCCCUGUUUUAAAGAGUAAUUUAUAUGAAAAAUAAAAGCUUAAAAAGGUUAUGUGGCUUGUGCAAAAGAUCUGGUUUGAGUUGGUGUGAAAAGGCAGCUGAACCGUUGGAUGUACUUUAGGGGGGAGACUGGACAUGGACAGGAAGUGAUGUCAUAAUGGGAAGCGGCAUGUGUAGAGGUUCCUUAUUGCAUAUCUUGAAGAAGAGGCUGUAUCCAACAAACGGACAGUAAACUGUGAUCAAGAGCCUGUGAAAUUGACAGAAGAAAACCCUUUUCCCCCUUUCUCCUUCAUCUUACUUCAUUCUGUCACUCUGUUUGAUCCAAAUGGGUUACAGUGUUCAAAGAAGAGUUUGUUGUAUGAUAGAUUUUUUGUAAUAAAAAAAUCGUGAGAGCACACACAUGGCACCAGUCCAUGCAC